AUGUCAACAUGGUUAUCAUGGCGUGUCAGAAGAAUCAAGCGUUCAUCAACAUCACCGUCACCGUCGCCGUCACCUUCACCGUCACCAAAGCCAUCACGAUCCCGUUCAUGCAGAUCAUCGUGUUCUUCCUUCAAAGACAUUGAAACGCUCCUUCGACCCGAAUCCGAAUCACCAUCUCCCAAAUCUCCCUCACUCUUCCGCCGCCUUCGCGUCGCCUCACACUCUCUCCUCCGCUCGUUCAGCUCACGCGCCGUUCCCUCCUCCCUUCCUUCGCCGCCGCACUCCGACCACUCCUCUGUCGUCCUCUACUUCACCAGCCUCCGCAUCGUCCGGCGCACCUUCGACGACUGCAAGGCUGUCCGCUCUAUUCUCCGAGGCUUCACCGUCGCCGUCGACGAGCGAGACGUCAGCGUCGACGAGCGGUUUCGCCAGGAGCUUCAGGAAAUCCUCGGGCGCCACAACGUGCCGCUGCCGAGUGUGUUCGUCGGCGGCACCUACAUCGGCGGCGCCGACGAAGUGAGGAAGCUUUACGAUAGCGGCGAGUUGCAGGAGUUGAUCGAACGGUUACCGAAGUGUCAGGGAAAAGCGUGCGAAGCGUGCGGAGGUCUGAGAUUCGCUGUGUGCUAUGAAUGCGAUGGAAGCCACAAAGUGUAUUGUGAGAAGAGUGGGUUCACAAACUGUUCCUCUUGCAAUAUCAACGGUUUGAUUAGGUGUCCUGCAUGUUUCUUCGUGAACUCGCGACCCACCAAAUAA